UCUUACUGACAUAUAAAGGCCACUUCCAUCAAGAAGAAUCCCAGGAGACGGUGCAGUGGAGCAAAUUAUUUUAGCAUCCUCCUUCUAAUCUGUAGUGGACAAGAUGUGGAAAUUGGUUCUCUUGUGUGGCUUGCUCGCUGGAACUUCAGCAUCAUUUCUUCCAGACCUGAGGGGAGCACUGGGCAAGGUGGAACCUGUUGUUCAGAAAGGACUCGACACAUUUGAUUCUCUUGGUCAGCAAUUGAAGACUGAGUUGAACAAGUUUCAGGAAUCUGGUCUUUUGAAGAAUGUCAGAGAGACCGUCCAGGAAGGCAAGAACUUUUUGGGCAAUAUCAUCUCUGAUGUUGGAACUCUGGGAACAAAAUUUGUUGGUGGCCGAAUCCUGGAUUUGAAGCUUGAAGGGAAACCUGAUGACAAAAGUAUGGACCUGAGGUUCCCCGUCAGAGCUAAUGUCACCAUGACCCUGCCUAUCCUCGGCCAGGUGGCUAAUUUGGAGGUUUCUCUGGACCUCCUGACUUCCAUCACAGUUGAAGAUGUGGAGUCUGAACACCCCACACUGACACAGGGAAAAUGCAGGAGUGACCCAGCCAGCUUCAAGCUCAUCUUAUUGGACGGCAAGAUCCCUGCCAUCAACAACCUGUUGAACACUGUGGUAUCCCUCGUGCAGAGGACUGUGUCCUUGGUGGUGCAGAAGGCGAUGUGCCCUUUGAUUCACUCCUUGAUUAACGCCCGGGCUGGUAUCAUCAUCAAGGGAAUUCUGGAAAAAAUUGACGUUGGAGUCCAAGCAGGAAUCUGAAGACUGUGGGACGAGCACAGUGAUCUCCCUAAUGGCCUUGGCCAGCCUCCCCAGCUGAUGUCUCCCUCUGCACAGGUGCUGCCAGCACCGCAGCCCGAAUCAAAGUCUGAGCCAGCUGGACUGUCCUCAGCGUUGGGACCACUGCCCCCUGAUCUACUCCCCGUUCAAUAAAAUACCA